CUUAUACUAAUUCCUUCACCACCCCCUUCUUCUUCUUCAUCCUCUCCAAUUCAUUCUUUUGGAUUUUGUUGCUGAAUCCAAAAUGGCGACGUAGACAGAGAGGAAACAGUCCCUAAUCCUGUACUUGACUGACCCACUACCAUUUCUUCUUUGUUGUUAUUAUUAUUCUCUGGUAAUUGUCGCGAAGCAUCGCUGCUGCAACUCCGAGCCUUCCCCUUCUCCUUCUCCAUCGGGACUUCGUUUCCUUAAUAUAUAUAAACUGCGGUGCGGAUACCCUUUCACUAAUUCACUGGGAAAAGAUGGAAAGGUUUUUGGAGGAGAAUUUUGGGGGUGUCAAACCAAAAAACUCGUCUGAGGAGGUGUUGCAAAGGUGGAGGGAGCUUUGUGGAGUUGUCAAGAACCCCAAAAGGAGGUUUCGCUUCACCGCCAAUCUCUCCAAACGUGGCGAAGCUGCUGCUAUGCGCCAGAACAAUCAGGAGAAGUUGAGGAUCGCAGUUUUAGUCUCAAAAGCUGCAUUUCAGUUCAUCCAAGGUGUGCAACCGAGUGAUUAUAAUGUUCCGGAGGAAGUCAAAGCUGCAGGUUUCCAAAUUUGUGCUGAUGAGCUCGGGUCUAUUGUUGAAGGCCAUGACCCAAAGAAGUUUAAACAUCAUGGUGGGGUUGAAGGGAUUGCAGGAAAGCUCUGUACAUCAACAACAAAUGGGCUUAAUAGCGAUCCUGAUGCACUCAAUCGCAGGCAAGAAAUUUAUGGAGUUAACAAAUUUGCUGAGAGCGAACAGAGGAGUUUCUUGGUGUUCGUUUGGGAGGCCCUCCAAGACAUGACUCUCAUGAUCCUUGGACUCUGUGCUUUUGUCUCUUUGGUAGUUGGCAUAAUAACAGAGGGGUGGCCACAUGGGGCUCACGAUGGCCUUGGAAUUGUUGCCAGUAUCUUACUAGUUGUAUUUGUCACGGCAACUAGUGAUUAUCGACAAUCCUUACAGUUCAAGGACUUGGAUAAGGAGAAAAAGAAGAUAUCAAUUCAGGUCACAAGGAAUGGUUAUAGACAGAAAAUGUCGAUUUACGAUUUACUUCCUGGAGAUAUUGUACACCUGUCUAUUGGGGAUCAAGUCCCUGCAGAUGGACUCUUUGUUUCAGGGUUCUCUGUGUUGAUUGAUGAGUCAAGUUUGACUGGAGAAAGUGAGCCAGUGAUGGUGACUGCAGAGAACCCAUAUCUUCUAUCAGGAACUAAAGUUCAAGAUGGAUCCUGCAAGAUGAUGGUCACUACUGUUGGGAUGAGAACACAAUGGGGUAAGUUGAUGGCCACUCUUAGUGAAGGUGGAGAUGACGAAACUCCAUUGCAGGUGAAAUUGAAUGGAGUGGCAACAAUUAUUGGGAAAAUAGGUCUAUUCUUUGCCAUUAUCACUUUCGCUGUGUUGGUUCAAGGAUUGGUUAGCCGUAAACUUCGAGAAGGGACUCACUGGAGUUGGUCUGCAGACGAUGCCUUAGAGAUAUUGGAAUUCUUUGCUGUUGCAGUCACAAUUGUUGUUGUUGCUGUGCCAGAGGGGCUUCCUUUGGCUGUGACGUUGAGCCUUGCCUUCGCCAUGAAGAAGAUGAUGAAUGAUAAAGCACUCGUCCGUCACCUGGCAGCUUGUGAAACUAUGGGUUCUGCCACAAGUAUUUGUAGUGACAAGACUGGAACAAUCACCACAAAUCGCAUGACAGUAGUUAAAUCAUGCAUUUGCAUGAAUGUCAAGGAAUCAAGUAAUAAUGUUUCAAGCUUCUGUUCUGACCUUCCAGCCUCUCUUAUCAAACUUCUCCAACAAUCAAUAUUCAACAACACUGGGGGAGAAGUUGUAAUCAACAAAGAUGGCAAGCGUGAGUUGUUGGGCACUCCCACUGAGACUGCAUUAUUAGAGUUUGGUCUCUCACUUGGUGGGGAUUUUCAGGCUGAGAGACAGGCAGCUAAACUUAUUAAAGUUGAGCCAUUCAACUCUGAGAAAAAACGGAUGGGUGUUGUCUUACAAUUUCCUGAAGGUGGUUUCCGUGCUCACACUAAAGGUGCUUCAGAAAUAGUGUUGGCUGCCUGUGACAAGGUGAUCAAUUCGAGUGGUGAGGUUGUUCCUUUAGAUGAAGCUUCCAUCAAGCAUCUCAAUGUUAUUAUCAAUCAGUUUGCUGGUGAAGCUCUCCGAACACUUUGCCUUGCCUAUAUGGAACUGGAAAAUGGAUUCUCUGUCAAAGAUCCUAUUCCAGUUUCUGGUUAUACCUGUAUAGGUAUAGUGGGUAUUAAAGAUCCCGUUCGUCCCGGUGUUAAAGAGUCAGUUGCGGUUUGUCGUUCAGCUGGUAUUACUGUACGAAUGGUUACUGGUGACAAUAUCAAUACAGCUAAAGCUAUUGCUAGAGAAUGUGGAAUUCUCACAGAUGAUGGCAUUGCCAUUGAGGGUCCAGAUUUCAGAGAGAAGACCCUAGACGAAUUGCUUAAAAUUAUUCCCAAAAUUCAGGUGAUGGCUCGAUCUUCACCUCUUGAUAAGCACACUCUGGUCAAGCAUUUGCGGACCACUUUUGAUGAAGUUGUUGCUGUUACUGGUGAUGGGACAAACGAUGCUCCUGCUCUUCACGAAGCAGAUAUUGGUCUUGCAAUGGGCAUUGCUGGAACUGAGGUUGCCAAAGAGAGUGCUGAUGUGAUAAUUCUCGAUGAUAAUUUCUCCACCAUAGUGACUGUGGGAAAAUGGGGUCGUUCCGUUUACAUAAAUAUUCAAAAAUUUGUGCAGUUCCAGCUGACUGUAAACAUAGUAGCGUUGAUCGUAAACUUCUCUUCAGCUUGUGUGACAGGUAGUGCUCCUCUUACGGCAGUCCAGCUCUUGUGGGUGAACAUGAUAAUGGAUACACUUGGAGCGCUGGCACUCGCCACUGAGCCUCCAAAUGAUGAAUUGAUGAAGCGCUUACCUGUUGGGAGGAGAGGAAGUUUUAUCAGCAAUGUCAUGUGGAGGAAUAUAUUGGGGCAAUCCUUGUAUCAGUUCUGCGUGAUAUGGUUUCUGCAGGCGAAAGGAAAAGCAAUGUUUGAUCUCGAGGGCCCUGGUUCCGAUUUGAUACUGAAUACGCUCAUCUUCAAUUCCUUUGUGUUCUGUCAGAUUUUCAACGAAAUAAGUUCCAGGGAGAUGGACAAAAUCAAUGUGUUCAAAGGCAUACUUGAUAACUAUGUGUUUGUAACUGUGCUUGGUUCCACCUUGGUGUUCCAAAUAAUUAUCAUCGAGUUCCUGGGAACAUUUGCAAGCACGACCCCUCUGGAUAUGUCGCAGUGGCUCUUUUGUGUGGCAAUUGGAUUUAUAGGGAUGCCAAUUGCUGCCAUCUUGAAGACUAUCCCAGUAUAAAAAAGAAAGUCCAGGUGAAGCAGAGAGAGUGAGAUGUUUUUCCAGUCACAUAGAUUUAGAGAGGGCGUUGAUUCAGAUUGUUUGAAAAUGGACUGUAGUUAUAGCUCUAUUAUUUCUAUGUAUAUUAGUGGCCAUAAAAGUUGUCUACGAUUCAUUAAAUUGAAUAUCUAUUCCCCUAUAUGCAUUUUUGUAUCUCCAUUCUUUUGUUCUUUGAUCUCCACUGGCGGAUGACAAAGAUACUGUCAAUUGGAAGAUUUUUCUACUUUCUUCCUUGAUGUUCAAAAAUAUGAAACCUUUUAGUUUUGUCGUGUUCAAAUAA